UAUCUGAAUGUCUCUAUGUGGUAUAAGUCUAUGUGAAGCUGCUCAGAUGCUCUAUAGAACUCCUACAGAUUUUUUUCUGUCAUUGUGAAGAAACAUCUUGAAGAAUGAGAGGCCUGAUGUGUGUGCUGUUCCUGGUGAUCUUCUGCUAUGAGCAAAUAGCUUCACAACAUUCUCCUCAUGAAGUUUCUGAGAGGUGUUGCUUUAAUUUUAUUGACUUUCCACUUCCAGUCCAUAAAAUUAUUAGUGCUGUGAAAACAGGUUCACAUUGCCCUGUCGCAGGCAUUCUGGUUACGACACAUAGAACAGAAUUUUGUGUGAAACCAGACGAGGCUUGGAUAAAGCGAGUAAUAGAGGGAGAUUAUUGGAAAUGAAAAUGCAAUACUUAAGCACAAAAUACUGAUUAUUACAACUGUCCUUUCUUAAAUGUAUUUCUUUAUCACCUCAUCAAUAUUACAAGAUAUCAUAACCUGUUCACAUUUAUCACUGAAUAUGCAGACAUGUGAAGGCUGACAAAGCAAAUUAAUAUUAAAAUGUAUAGAUAUUA